CGGUGGAGAAUUAGGUUUAUUCAGUGAUAAAAGCUGGUUUGUAUGCGUCUCUGGUUACCAAUACAAAACGGUUUAUGGCAUCUCCCGCAGUUUUGUAACUACUGGUAACCGCUUACAACAUCUGUAACCCAAUCAAAACAAGUAACGUCAUGAGAACGCAUUUCUCUCAACCAAUGAAAGCGCACAGAGCGUGACUGACGUCUCCGUCAACCACUCGUGUUUGCGUACGAUAGUUGGCGUUAUUUAAAACUGAAAACCGUUCUGUCAGUUUCUCAAAGUUUAGUUGGUGUGUGGCAGAAUAGCUGCAACUGGAACGGAUUUUGUUUUCGAGUUGUCCUAUUUUUUUGUUAACCGUUCACCAUGAGGGAAAUUGUUCACCUGCAGGCUGGUCAGUGUGGAAACCAAAUCGGUGCCAAGUUUUGGGAGGUGAUUAGUGAUGAGCACGGAAUUGAUCCUACGGGAACUUAUCACGGUGACAGUGAUCUGCAGUUGGAGCGGAUUAAUGUGUACUACAAUGAGGCAACUGGAGGAAAGUAUGUUCCCCGUGCCGUUCUUGUCGACCUGGAGCCUGGAACCAUGGAUUCGGUGAGAUCGGGACCGUUUGGGCAGGUGUUCAGGCCUGACAACUUUGUCUUUGGUCAGAGUGGUGCUGGAAAUAACUGGGCCAAGGGUCAUUACACGGAAGGAGCUGAGCUUGUGGACUCAGUUCUGGAUGUGGUCCGCAAAGAGGCAGAAAGCUGUGACUGCCUGCAGGGUUUCCAGCUCACCCACUCCCUUGGCGGCGGCACUGGGUCAGGCAUGGGCACCCUCCUCAUAAGCAAAAUCCGUGAGGAGUACCCUGACCGCAUCAUGAACACCUUUAGUGUGGUGCCCUCACCCAAAGUCUCAGACACUGUUGUGGAGCCUUACAAUGCCACACUGUCUGUCCACCAGCUUGUGGAGAACACCGAUGAAACAUACUGCAUCGACAACGAGGCCCUGUAUGACAUUUGCUUCCGUACCCUCAAACUCACUACGCCCACCUAUGGUGAUCUUAACCACCUUGUGUCUGCCACAAUGAGUGGGGUCACCACCUGUUUGCGCUUCCCUGGUCAGCUUAACGCCGAUCUGCGUAAACUGGCCGUCAACAUGGUGCCAUUCCCUCGUCUGCAUUUCUUCAUGCCAGGCUUUGCCCCUCUCACCAGCAGAGGGAGUCAGCAAUACCGGGCCCUUACGGUGCCUGAGCUCACCCAGCAGAUGUUUGAUGCCAAGAACAUGAUGGCUGCGUGUGACCCCCGCCACGGCCGCUACCUCACCGUUGCUGCUGUCUUCCGAGGCCGCAUGUCCAUGAAAGAAGUGGAUGAGCAGAUGCUGAAUGUCCAGAACAAGAACAGCAGCUACUUCGUGGAGUGGAUCCCUAAUAACGUCAAGACCGCCGUUUGCGACAUUCCGCCUCGUGGCCUUAAAAUGGCCGCUACUUUUAUCGGCAACAGCACUGCCAUUCAGGAGCUGUUCAAGCGCAUCUCCGAGCAGUUUACGGCUAUGUUCAGGCGCAAGGCGUUCUUGCAUUGGUACACUGGAGAGGGAAUGGAUGAGAUGGAGUUCACCGAAGCAGAAAGCAACAUGAAUGAUUUGGUGUCUGAGUACCAACAGUAUCAAGAUGCCACUGCAGAAGAGGAGGGAGAGUUUGAGGAAGAGGGAGAGGAGGAGCUUGCAUAAGAAGAUGAUCACUCAAGUUUCUGGUUACUGUUUUGUUCUGUUCAAUUUCUUGUUUGUUAAUUUUGUCUUUGUUCUGUCCUCUUUUGGUUCAAAUAGCAGCACAGCUGUCAAUGUACAACCAUUUUUAAUAAAGUCUUUU